AUGUCAUCGCGCCUGCCCGCUGCUGCUUCUUAUAGUUCGUUCUGUCUCUCCUCCCCCGUCGGCUCGGAUGCCUCUCAUUCUCCUGUACAUCCCCCCGAGGAGUCCUUCCUGACCGCUCUUGCCGAGAGCCUGGUCACUUCGCAUCCUACCUCUGCUGGCCCGAUCAGCUCCCCCUUAACGACUCUCACGCCCGCAGACCAGCGCGGGCUGACGGUGCUCCCCUCUUCGCACCCUUAUCACUCCGAGCUUGAGGCGCCUUCCGGCCUCGGUCAGCAGAUGGUUCGCGCCACGAGAGCUGCCAUUGUUACUCUUUCCUCCUUGAUCGUGUAUGUCUUGGUCAACAGCGCCGCCCGCGCCGUGAACCCGUCAGCCUUUGUCUGGUACGCCGAGGAUCACGACGAGCAGCACUGGAUCGCCUCCUCGUCGUCAUGGUGGGAUCGGAAGGCCUGUCGGUGGCUCGGCCUGUGCGGGACCGCCCACUUCCGGCUGGUGCGGCCCCGCUAUGGCCAGCGCCAGCCCACUAUGGGGCCCUGGUCGCCCGAAGAUGAGGCCCACUACGCCGCCUGGCGCGAUGCCCAGUUCAACGACUCGCUGCACCCAGCUGCCGCCUGGGAUGAAGCCGAACGCUCUCGCCGGCAAAUCCCUGACUAUGUUUUCCAGUAUGCGCCCUUGGUCCACCUGUCCUCGCACGAGCAAUUCUGGCCCGGCGACAUCGCGGAGCAUCUCUACCACGUCACACCCAUGCUGAACUAUACGCCCAUCCAGUCACAAGGUGAUCAUCCAUCGCUGCAGGAUUUGGAUCAGCUGAAUGAGUUCCAAGAGGGUCACUACGUAUUUCUGACCAGCAAUGACAAUGUAGAGGAUCGCCCGCCCUGGAUUGAAGGCGAGAAGAAUAUCCCCGAUGAUCCCGAUGACUAUCUCGAGCAGUCAUGGCCGGAUUGGGAUGGUCGCGUGGAUGGGCCCAUUCCUGGUGACACACCGGACGAACGCGCCAAGUGGUAUGACUCCGGCCGCCUCUCAUCGGAUGGGACGGAUGACGGCUGGUCUCCGGAGGAUCUUGGAUACAUGCAUCCCGAAGACCUCGACGACGAGGGCGUCCGGGACGAGCUGCGUAGACGGUUCGGGGGCGAGCCGAUUCAUAUCGAGAAGACAGGUGGGCGCAGUAACGCGCCGGCGGUCCUACUGGUGCUGGAUAAAGGACAUGGCAUCGUCGACGCGUUCUGGUUCUAUUUCUACAGCUUCAACCUGGGCAACGUAGUGCUGAACGUGCGCUUCGGGAACCAUGUGGGCGACUGGGAGCACUGUCUCGUGCGGUUUCACGACGGCAAACCCAAAGCGCUCUUCUUCAGCGCGCAUUCAGCGGGGGAGGCCUAUAGUUAUGAAGCCGUCGAAAAGAUCGGUCAACGGCCCGUGAUCUACUCCGCCAUGGGCACCCACGCCAUGUAUGCCACCCCGGGCGUCCAUGCCUAUAUCCUCCCCUGGGGCUUGCUGCAUGACCAGACCGACCGUGGCCCUCUGUGGGACCCCCUCCUGAAUGCCCACGCCUACACAUACGACCACGAUAGUGAUGCCCUCCGCGCAUCGACUGUUACCCCAAGUGCCCCGACCGAGUGGUUCUACUUCAACGGCCAUUGGGGCGACAAGUUCUAUCCGCUGGGCGACCAGCGACAGUAUCGGUUCGCGGGUCAGUAUCACUAUGUCAACGGCCCCCUGGGGCCCCGGUUCAAGCACCUCAACCGCCACAAGGUCUGCCAGCAACGGGACGAGGACCCCUGUGUUAUCAAGAACUACAUCGGCGACCAAACACGAGCUAGACGCUGGGCGGGUGCGGGUGCUGGUCCGGAGCAUGGCGGAGAGCAUGAAUAG